GAACCGGUUUUAAAAAAAAAACCCGGUUGAAGUGGAUUCUACAUCACUACACUCGAAGACUAGCGACUCAUUUCACAGCCUCAUAUCCCUCUGCUGCUGCGGCGGCGGCAGCAUCGUCCUCUCUGCUUUCGAUUGUGGUCUUGAUCGGUGGCACAAGCUCCACCUUGCUCUUCCUGCGAUCAUCCGAUCGACGCACCUCGCUGCCCGCCGGCCAUGGAGAGUGAUUUGAAAGCGUCUGAGGUGGCUGUCGUCGGAGAGAAAUUUUGCAGCCAGGCGGAGCGGGAGCUGACGGUCCGAAAGACCUCCAUCUUCUUCUACGGAGAUGGAUUCGCCGCCUACGACCACGCCACUGGAGAUCUGGUCUUCCGCGUCGACACCUACGCCCGCAGCGGCUCUCCUGCUUUCGCCGAUCGCCAGAUCCUCCUCAUGGAUCCCUCCGGCGAUCCCAUCCUCACCCUCCGCCGCAAGUGGCCGAGCUUGCAUCAGCGGUGGGAGGCGUUCCUGGGGGAGAGGCAAGAGGGGCAGCGGCCCCUUUUCACUGUGCGGAGGUCCUCCAUCUUCGGCAGCGAUCGUAGCGGAUUCGUGGUGGAGGCGGACUCCAACGGGUACCGAAUCGAGGGGUGCUUCGCGAAGCGGUGUUGCCGAGUGAUCUACGAGGGCUGCAGCGGUGGCGGAGGAGGAGCGGCGGUGGUGGCUGAGAUUAAGCGUAAAGUGGAUACUUUGUCGCACGUGAUGUUUGGGAGAGACGUGUUCUCGCUCUGCCUUCAUCCGCACUGCGAUUCUGCCUUCGCGAUGGGUCUCGUCGUCGUCCUCGACCAGAUCACCGGCGAGGAGUCCGAAGAAGAAGAGGAGCAGGUCGAUUCUCCGAUAGCAGAGGCCGCUUGUUAAUGUUAAUAGAUAAUUAUGGUAAAUUACAGGGACUUAGUUGAUAACUCAGACAAUGUUUAAUUAUAUUUGAAUUUGAAUGUUUUUCUAAA